CGUUUCCCUCUUCUCCUUGGUAUUGAACAAAAACACAGUCGUCACUUUCGUGCCUCCCGAAUGAUCUCAUGUGGGCUUGUCUCGUCCACCCAACAAACUAUAGAAAAAAAACUCGAUCGGCUGAUACUUAAUCACCCACUUGAUUUUGUAUUUUUGUACCUUUUUUUGUUGUAAUUUUUCCAUACACCCAAUUUCCCGUGGAAGAAAAGGAGUCAGCUUUUUCGUUUGCUUUAAAGCUUGAAUCUUUACAUAGUUCCAGUUACUUUCUAUAGAGCUUCAUAAUCCCUAGUUGCCCAAAAGGAUUCUGGGUUUUGUGAGAAUGAUGACGUCAUGUCGGAAUAUAGAUUUAGGUACGAUGAUGAUGGCAUGUGGUUGUGGCCGUCGUCAGUUUCCUUCAUUAGCGAAGACUGUUUGUAAGUUUACUAGCAGCAAUAGAAGCUAUGGCGGUCUGGUGGGGAGUUGCAAAGCGGUGCCAACGAAAUCAAAGGAGAUCUCUUUGCUCAAUGGUAUUGGUCAAUCUCAAACAGUGAGUUUUGAUUUGAAACAAGAGUCAAAACAGCCUAUUUCGUUGGUGACUCUGUUUGAGCUAGUAGCUGUUGAUCUGCAGACUUUGAAUGACAAUCUUUUAUCGAUUGUUGGUGCGGAAAAUCCGGUUUUGAUAUCUGCGGCUGAGCAGAUUUUCGGAGCUGGUGGUAAAAGAAUGAGACCGGGUUUGGUAUUCCUUGUAUCACAUGCCACGGCGGAAUUAGCAGGCCUAAAGGAACUAACAACAGAACACCGGCGUUUGGCUGAGAUCAUCGAGAUGAUACACACUGCAAGCUUGAUACACGACGAUGUGUUAGACGAGAGUGACAUGCGAAGAGGAAAGGAAACAGUUCAUGAGCUUUUCGGCACAAGAGUAGCGGUGCUAGCUGGAGAUUUCAUGUUUGCUCAAGCGUCAUGGUACUUAGCAAAUCUCGAGAAUCUUGAAGUUAUUAAGCUCAUCAGUCAGGUGAUCAAAGACUUUGCAAGCGGAGAGAUAAAGCAGGCGUCCAGCUUAUUUGACUGCGACACCAAGCUCGACGAGUACUUACUCAAAAGUUUCUACAAGACAGCCUCUUUAGUGGCUGCGAGCACCAAAGGAGCUGCCAUUUUCAGCAGAGUUGAGCCUGAUGUGACAGAACAAAUGUACGAGUUUGGGAAGAAUCUCGGUCUCUCUUUCCAGAUAGUUGAUGAUAUUUUGGAUUUCACUCAGUCGACAGAGCAGCUCGGGAAGCCAGCAGGGAGUGAUUUGGCUAAAGGUAACUUAACAGCACCUGUGAUUUUCGCUCUGGAGAGGGAGCCAAGGCUAAGAGAGAUCAUUGAGUCAGAGUUUUGUGAGGCGGGUUCUCUGGAAGAAGCGAUUGAAGCGGUGACAAAAGGUGGGGGGAUUAAGAGAGCACAAGAAUUGGCUAGGGAGAAAGCUGAUGACGCUAUAAAGAAUCUACAGUGUCUACCUCGAAGUGGCUUCAGGUCGGCUCUAGAAGAUAUGGUGUUGUAUAACCUCGAAAGAAUUGAUUAGCUUUCCAAAAGAAGUUGGAAACACUGAGACAUGCUUAUAGACUUAUAGUACAGUAAAACACACACAAAAGAGGAAUGAUUGUAACUCCUAUUUCAAAAGUAAUAACACAUGAUUUCGAUUUUUGGAAAGAUCUUUUGACUGAUAAUCAGCAAUUAGCAGAAAAUGACAAGUGUUGAAGUCAUUACUACAGUAGCAAGAGUGUUUCAUAGAAUAAGCUUUGGAUGCGAAGUCUUCAACAGAGGGGCACGCGCAGCGCCUUUGUGUAGUAUGUGAGUGCCCAAAGAGUGAAAAUGUUUCUAUAGGUUGCAUAAUGGACCAUCACGUUCAUCUUGAACACUCCCAUUAUUUCC